UGACUCAGAAACACAUUUGGGAAAGAAUUAAUGUCGAUGUACACAGUGAAGGUAGAAGAAUCGAGACCGGCGGGCGGAGGAAAACCUUCUGCAGGACCUGUCUAUCGCUGUCUAUACGCCAAGGAUGGUCUCAUGGAGUUGCCUGCCGACAUUGAAUCUCCUUGGGAGCUUUUCAGCCAUUCCGUUAAAAGGAACCGUGAAAACCAAAUGCUGGGUCGCCGGAAGGUCUUUGAUGGCAAGGCGGGUUCAUACGUAUGGUACACUUACCAGCAUGUUUAUGAUCAAGCCAUCAAAAUUGGGUCUGCCAUCAGAAGCCGCGACGUUAAUCCCGGAGGUCGUUGUGGCAUAUACGGAUCCAACUGCCCUGAGUGGAUAAUAGCAAUGGAGGCUUGUAACAGCCACGGCAUAUAUUAUGUUCCUCUAUAUGACACCCUGGGUGAGAAUGCAGUGGAGUUCAUUAUCAACCAUGCUGAAGUCUCGAUUGUCUUUGUUCAUGAGAACAAAAUACAAGCAAUGCUUAGGUCCAUUCAAAAAUGCACUUCACAUCUAAAAACACUUGUCAGUUUUGGAAGGAUUACUGAUGCACAAAAGAAAGAAGCUGAACAAGUCGGAGUGUCAGGCUUCUCUUGGGAAGAAUUUGCCUUAAUUGGAAGCAAGGACUGUAAACUUUCUCCAACAAAAAGGGGCGACAUAUGCACAAUAAUGUAUACUAGUGGAACAACUGGAGACCCUAAAGGUGUUCUACUGACUAAUGAGGCUAUCAUAGCUGAAGUGUUGUCUAUGGAUCAACUGAUUCUAGAAACGGGGGAACCGGUGACAGAAGAAGACACAUAUUUUUCGUUCCUCCCAUUGGCUCAUGUAUUUGAUCAGAUAGUUGAAACUUUUUGCAUCUACAGGGGUGCUUCCAUAGGAUUUUGGCAAGGGGAUGUCAGGUAUUUAUUUGAAGACAUUCAGGAACUGAAGCCAACAAUAUUCUGUGGGGUACCUCGAGUAUUUGACCGUCUAUACUCAGGUAUUCUUGCUAAAAUUUCAUCGGGAGGAGCACUGAAGAAGGGGUUAUACCAAUGGGCUUACAGCUACAAGUUGAAAAAUUUGAAGAAUGGACUGAAACAACAUGAAGCAGCACCUCUCUUUGACAGGCUAGUCUUUGAAAAAAUCAAGCAAGCACUAGGGGGUCGAGUUCAUACCAUCAUAUCUGGAGCAGCACCAUUACCUCUACAAGUGGAAGAGUUUCUGAGAGUAACUAGCUGCAGUGUCUUGUCACAAGGAUAUGGUCUUACAGAAAGUUGUGGGGGAUGUUUUGCUUCUGUAGCAAAUGUGUUUUCUAUGAUUGGAACAGUGGGGGUUCCCAUGACAACCAUCGAAGCAAGACUUGAGUCAGUGCCUGAGAUGGGAUAUGAUGCACUGUCCAUAAUGCCACGUGGAGAAAUUUGCCUGAGGGGAAGAACCUUAUUCUCUGGUUACUACAAGCGACAGGAUCUGACAGAUGAUGUAAUGGUGGAUGGGUGGUUUCAUACAGGUGACAUUGGAGAAUGGCAGCCUAACGGGGCAAUGAAAAUCAUUGACAGGAAAAAGAAUAUUUUUAAGCUGUCCCAAGGGGAAUAUGUUGCGGUGGAGAACAUCGAAAAUGCAUAUGGCCAAUGCCCUCUUGUCACAUCGAUUUGGGUCUAUGGGAACAGCUUUGAGUCCUUCCUUGUGGCUGUGGUGGUCCCUGAAAGAAAAGCAGUUGAAGAUUGGGCAGCAAUCCACAAUGAGACUGGAGAUUUCAAAUCAUUAUGCGAAAAACCAAAAGCAAGGAAGUAUUUUCUAGACGAGCUCAACAAAACUGGUCAGAAAUCUAAUCUUAGGGGUUUUGAGAUGCUAAAGGCAAUUCAUUUGGAGCCAAAUCCUUUUGACACUGAGAGGGAUUUGAUAACCCCGACAUUCAAACUGAGAAGGCCUCAGCUACUUAAGUACUACAGGGAAUGUAUUGAUCAACUGUAUAAUGAAGCCAAGGGAACAAAAAUAUGAGUACUGUCUGUGUGUGAUAGAUGUGAAAGCAAAGAUUUGUUACCCAAAGCAACUUUGGAUGCUGGCUUAUUUUCAUCCUCAU